AUGGCUGAGGCGAAGACAAAGAAUCAAGAUCUACAGAUUACUCUACCGUUUUCUCAUCCUUAUCUGACCAACAGCCCUGGAAGAAGUAUUUACAUUAACGGAAAAUUGUCAGAGAAUCCGUAUCGAUUUAGUGUGAAUUUUUUCACUACUGAUGAUCCUGAUGACGACAGUGGUAGCGCCCUCACUAUUAAUAUUCGAUUUGAUGAACGUGCUGCGGUGUUUAACUCCAAAACAGGCGGAGUAUGGAAUGUUGAAGAGAGAGCGGAUAGUUUUCCGUUUGUGCCUGGCGAAAUAUUUCUUUUCACCGUAUUGACAACCGAACAGUUCUAUGACAUCAAAGUGAAUGAUGAACAUCUAUAUUCUUUCAAUCAUCGUCUGUCUAUAGACUCUGUCAGGCGACUUGGAAUCAAUCAGGAGCAAAUUGCAGAAAUUUCUACCGUCGAUCUGUUGCAAGUUUAUGUAGAUAGUUCGUGGACUGAACAAGAUUUGGAUGGGACGAAUGUAUUUCUGACGAGCAGGGCAUCGGAAUUGAACGUCUAUGUGGGAAGCGAUGCCACAACAGUAGCAGCUGGAUCUGUACAAAACAGAAAAGCUAAAUUUACUCUCGAGAAACAGCCAGAGGGAAUAAAUAUAUACACUUUGAAAAACGAGAGAUAUAGAUUGCAAUUUUUGACAAUCACUACAGAAAAGCAACUAGCAGCGGUAUCGUAUUAUUUGGAGUGA